GGGUGCUUGGUGUACUGUACGGCCGUAAUUUCAAUUUUGAAGUGUUUGAGAGAGAGAGGGAGACACAACACAAGGGAAGGAAAACCAAGUGGAAUCAAUAGCCAUGAAGAUCGUUCGGAAAGACCUCGUACCCAAUGGACCUGGCAGCGUUAAGAUGGUUGCAGUGGAUUCGGAUGAUCUCUGGUUUGCGUAUAACCUGAUAGCUCCCGGAGACUCUGUCAUGGCCGUUACUGUCAGGAAGGUUCUAAGAGAAGCUGCUAGUGGCGGACGGGAAGCAGAACGCGUCAAGCUCAAAUUGGAAAUUAAAGUCCAAGAGCUUGCUGAUUAUGACAAAGAAGGUUCUAUUUUACGUGUUCGCGGAAAGAACAUUUUGGAGAAUGAAUAUGUCAAGAUAGGAGCUUUUCAUACUUUAGAACUCGAACUGCAGCGCCCGUUUGUGCUCAGAAAGGAUGUUUGGGAUUCUUUGGCUUUGGAGGUACUACAGCAGGCCUCUGAUCCUGGUGCAAGUGCUGAUCUAGCCGUGGUGUUGAUGCAAGAAGGAUUAGCCCAUAUCCUCCUUGUUGGUAGAAGUAUGACUGUUACUCGUUCACGGAUAGAAACAUCAAUUCCUCGCAAACAUGGGCCUGCAAUUGCUGGUUAUGAGAAAGCUUUGGAUAAGUUCUUUCAGAAUGUUUUGCAGGCUUUCUUGAAACAUAUAGAUUUCAACGUGGUUCGUUGUGCUGUAAUUGCAAGUCCAGGAUUUACAAAGGAUCAGUUUCACCGUCACUUAUUUUUGGAGGCAGAACGAAGACAGUUGCGACCUAUUAUUGAAAAUAAAUCACGCAUCAUUCUUGUGCAUACAAGUUCAGGAUACAAACAUAGCUUAAAGGAGGUUUUGGAUGCUCCAAAUGUCAUGAGUUUAAUAAAAGAUACUAAAGCAGCACAAGAGGUUCGAGUUAUGAAGGAUUUCUACGACAUGCUUUCAAAUGAUCCAUCACGUGCUUGUUAUGGAAUGAAACAUGUUGAGGUUGCCAAUGAACGACUAGCUGUACAAACGCUUCUCAUUACGGAUGAGCUUUUCAGGAAUUCAGAUAUAGCAACAAGAAAAAAGUAUGUUAACUUGGUCAACUCUGUUAAGGAUUCAGGAGGCUCUGUCCAUGUAUUUUCGUCCAUGCAUGUCUCUGGAGAACAACUAGCCCAGAUAAGUGGCAUUGCUGCAAUUCUUCGAUUUCCUCUCCCUGAUCUUGAAGACAUUGAGAUGUGAUGGACACAAUGUUGGUCAAGCAUGUUAGUGUUGACCAUGGCUCCUCUCUGUUUUUAACUAUUCUUAAAUACUCGGCUGAUGUUGCAACAGUCCCUGAGUCAUCCUAGCGGGUUGCAGAAUACGUUGAGCGAGGGGACUUGUAUUACAAACCACACAAUGCUAGUGUAAAAUGCACCUUAUAUAGUAAUAUUACAUUAGACUUUAUUGCGUGGUUAAAUUUCUUUGUAUAUUUUCCCUUAAAGAAAGUGUCUUUUUUAA